CUUGGUGGUAGACUAAAAUUUAAACUUCCUACAAAUUCUUUCGUCUUUACAUACAACCAAGAAUGGCAUCUGAAGAGUCAAACACGCAACAAUCACAACAACAACAGCAAAAACCAGAACGCGCUCUAGGUUCCACAACCCUACCAAUAGCUCGAGUCAAACGCGUCAUUAAAGAAGACAAGGAAGUGUCUUUGAUUAAUGCAGAAGCCACAUUUUGUGUUGCUUAUGCAACAGAAUUAUUUAUGGAAUAUCUUGUCAAAGAGGGUUUCACACGGGCACGAAAAGAAAAGCGAAAAACGAUCUUUUAUAAAGACCUUGCAUCUGCUGUAAGCGAGGUUGAGCAGUUUGAAUUCCUCGAAGACGUUAUCCCACACACAAUGACUCUCAAAGCAGCCCUGGAACGACGAAAAGACACAUUAAAUGAAGACGAAUCACUUGAACCUUCACGAAAGAAAUCCAAGACGACCCAUUCCGAAGAAGAAGCAAACAACAACAACACUAGUAAUGAAUUACGGCAAGAAGAUGAAGAAGUAGAAGAAGAAGAAAGAGACGAGGAUGAUGAAGAAGAAGAAGAGGAAGAAGACGAUGAACAGCAAGAAGAGACAGAUCAACAGUAGCAACAUCAUUUUUGUCCC